AUGACUAUUGACAACCAAGUUGGACUUGAUGGGCAAAACAUGGUUGCUCCCAUUGAUGGAACCAUUGGAGGUGGUGCUCUUGGAAAUGGAAAUGGGUUAAGUGAGUCGACGCCCCAAUUUGGGAGUGGUCAGCCACUUACAAACCCUUCAAUGCCUGGCGCUUCAGACUUUCUGUGCAAGGGCUGGAUUCUAAGCCGCUUGAUAGACCCAUUGUACAAUGUGUACUGUGAGGCGAAAACCUCCAAGCAACUUUGGUUGGCCUUGGAGAAGAAGUAUAAGUCCGAGGAUGCUGGCUGUCAGAAAUACGCUACGGCGAAAUUUCUCAACUUCAAAAUGGUGGAUUCAAAACCCAUCAUGGAACAAGUUGAAGCCUUGCAAUUGAUUACGCAUGAGAUAGCGGCUGAGGGUAUGUCGAUUUGUGAAAUUUUCACUCUGCGGGUUGAAUCCCAAAACCGCGAGGCUGAUGCUGUUCUCACUCGUACCAAUGAUGUGAACUUGGCUGAGCAAAAGAGAAAUGGGAAGGGAAAAGUUCCUCCAAAACCCUCCACAAGCUUUAAGAAGCAAGGGCAACCAUACAAGUUUGCUGGAAAGUGCCACAAGUGUGGCAAGGUGGGCCACAAAGUCGAUGUAUGUCGUCAAAAGGCUGGUCCAAGCGAAGACAAAGGGAAGUCUCAAGCUUACCUCACGGAAGCUGACUGUGCGCUGUGGUCACAGAAGUCAACAAUGUUGAGGACAACCCAAGGGAGUGGUGGUACGACACAGGUGCCACUAUCCACAUCUGCAAUGAUAGGGACAUGUUUAGUACCUAUCAGAAAUGCAACAAUGGAGAACGCCUAUUGA